AUGAGAGGUUCUGCAGCCUCUGAGGCAUUGGCAGAAUCGCUGGCACUGUUCUUGGCGCACAGGGUUAUUGACUGUGGCUUGACUCCCUGCCCUACGCUAGAUGAACCAUGCGGUUUCUCAUGGGAGUAUUGCACACCGGAGCACACGCGGGAUGAACAAGUGAAUACGUUCCAGUUGCGGUUGGACCAACCUUGGUCACACCAUUUAUUUUUGACGGUCGCCACGCAGGCGUUGGAGAGGGCGCGUCUACAACCACUGGUAGCUAAGGAGCAAAUCUACUUUGACCGGACGGCCAUCGUAAACGCAUGGAUAGACUCACCCGACAACUUACAGCCACUGGCCGUGAAUUUACUGACCGCGAACCCACUGCUCUCGGAGACAUUGAUUGCGAGUAUCCAGCUGCCGCCCGCGGAGGCAGCACUUUCCCAAAGUGCGCUGCUUGACCUCGCGCGUGCCUGUGGUGUCUACGAACAACCCGAGGCCCAGCCUUGCAUUCGUGCACUCAAAGAACCCGUGGCGGGUCCAGAAGAACUACUUCGACGAGUCUUCCGGGUCUAUCUCGAACGCUAUGAUCCUGACAACCUGGCCGACGCGGAACAAAUACUUUUGAAAGCAACCAAACACGCUCCUUAUCACAAGCAGUACUGGGAGGGGCUUUGUCGCCCGCUCCUGGAUGUCCAUGGGGGGCGUGUUGUGUUCACCCCUCCCGCAAUAGACGCGUGCGAUCAGUGUCGGGCCCCGCCCCCCUCAUCGUUCGGUACGUUUCGGGGUCACCUGCAGCCUGCGGGAGACCGAGGCUGCUGGGAGACCGAAAUCGCCGCGGCCGGCUGCUGGGAGGCCGAGGCUGCCGCGGCGGCCGCGGCGGUCCAGGCGGCGGCCGCGGAGCAGGGCGUAGAAACGGCGCAGUUGCCCUGGGCCGCCACCUGGAAGCCGUGGGCUGAGUAUGCGGGCGUCUUUGGCGGCCUUCUCAAAACCGAGUGGAAGAACGUUGUCGAGCCGCAGGCGAUGGUGUGUUCGGCAGUGGAUAAGCGUGUGUACCAGAGAAGAGUGAUUAGCUUACGACGACUACUUGCAAACUGCAGACUGUCAAGAAGUGUAGUCAGAAUGCUCGAAAAAGACAUGGAGGCACACCGUAAACGCGCUACUCAAAUCGCACGGAACCAAGGCACCUCACACACGUCCAAACAAGGCGACGGCUGGUACGUCGGCUCGAUCGAUCAAGUUUAUCUCACCCUUGAAUUCAACCCAGAACUACCCGCUGACUUCAAUCUGGACUCGAACCCACUCCCAUCAGGAACCAAGACCAAGAUUAACACACUACUCACACCAGUCUGCCUCAAAGCCACCUCCGAAAAAGAGGCCCAAGAAAAGCAAGAUGCCUUUUUCCUGGCACUUGAAUUUGCACCACACCAACUCUGCACAUGA